CGGGUGGUGUGAGCGGUACACUCCUCCAAAUUCCUCUCUUUUUUUGAUGAACCACGGGGCUUUCUCGGAAGGGAGAGGAUCCGGAGGUUCAAAAAAUCCCCUUGGAAAGAAGGGGUGCGAGGACAGAGAAACGGCGACGGGCCCUUUCCAGCAUUUUCCAGCCCAUGGGAGAGUGUGAGGGAGAGGCAGAGCGAGCCGCUGCGGAGUGAAGCAGAGCGACGGCUGCAGCUGGAGCCGAAAAAGCCGGAGAGCUGUCACUAGGGAGAGGAGUGGAUGCAUUUACAUUUCCACCCAGAACGGUUACAAAAACGCAAGUAGCAAGCCUUUAUAAAUCCAACUAAAAACCUGAAGGAAGUUUAACAGAGUGGGCAAAAAGGAAAGAGCUUACGGCGAAAAGGGGGAGGACAUGUUGAGGAACUGAAGAUACAGUCAAGUAGAAAAAGAUAUGCUACAGUCCCCUCCCCGUCUGGAGUAUUUAAGCAUUCCAUAUGACUUACUAAGCUAUAUAAAAGCAAAAAAUAAAAACUAAGAAGCGGCAAUAAAGCCUCUAAAAAGUACUUUUGGUUGAAGAUUUGUUUCUGGGUGCUUUCGCUUCCAGCACUUAAAGAGACAGUACUAAGACUGUGUAAAUAAUCACAGUGAUAAAAAUAAGCGUGACGGCUAUAAAUUUAAAAAUGUCUAGAGGUCAAAGGAAAAACAGCAUUCCAGAUAAGGCGGAGAAAGCAGAAAUGGAUAAGAUAGACUUAAUGAUGGAAAUGAUGAAAACUUUACAAAAAGAUACAACUACAAGGUUUAAUGAGAUGGAAGAUAAGCUUAAUAGCCUCAACGCAGGCUGCAACAAGUUAAAUACGAAUUAUGACAAGAUUGUGAAUGAAUUAAGUGAUCUUAAAGAAGAAAUGAAACAUAUAAAAGAUAUUGAGGUAAAGGUAGAAAAAAUAGAACAGCAACAUAAAGAGAUGGAAGAAGAGUGGAAACAUGUUAAGGAGAAAUGGCAAGGAAAUGAAGAAACAUUUAGUAAAUUGAAAGACCAAAUUCUUAUGGCAGAAGUGCAAAGAAAGGAAAAAAUUUUGAGAUUUAGAGGUGUUGUAGAGGAAGAUAAAGAAAGUAAGGAAAAAUUAAGAACAUUGAUAAUUAACAAUGUGGCAAAAUAUUUAGAUACUGAAGAAGAUGUAAUAGAAGAUGACAUUGAGAAUGUUGUAAGGCUGAAUUACAGAGGAAAGGAGGAGAGAAAAUAUGAACGUGACAUUUUGGUGUUUUUCUCAAGGAAAAGAACAAGAGAUGAGAUACUGAUUAAAAACUCAAAGACUAAAAUGAUAAUUGAGAAAAAGGAGAUUGUAAUCCUGAAAGAAGUUCCUACAGAAAUACGGAGCAGAAGGAAAAAAUAUGAACAACUAGCUACCCACCUAAGGGAAACUCAUAUAAGAUUCAGAUGGGACUUAUUGGAGGGGUUAAUGAUAUUUUACCACUCAAAAAGAAUUAGGAUUUCAAAUCAACAACAAGCAGAAGAAUGCCUGAAGAAAAUCCAAAAGGACCAAAAAGAAAUAUUUAAGCAACAACCAUCAUUAAGCCGCUUGGUGGGCCAUUUUGUAGCCAAGAAUUCGAAAUUGUGAAAAGGUUCCAUCAAUUGAAGAUUGGUUGAGCGCUCUU